GGGGCAGGGGGAGGGGCCACCCGGCAGUAACGGCCGCGCUCGCGCCGCAGCGGAGCCGCGUUAACGGCCGCGCACCUCAGCGGCCGCUUUCCGCACUUCCCCCGCGCUCCCUCCGGCGGGGAGGAUGCGCCGCCUCUCCCCGGCCGCGGCAGGUAGACCGGGGAGACGAUGAGGGAGCCGCCCCGCCGGCUCCUGGCCCUGGGCUCCUGCCUCUUCCUCUGCGCCCUGCUCUGGCUUCCUGUUUGGCACGUCUUUUGUAAAGACAGUCUUUUAUCCUCAGUGCAAUAUGCUUCAAGUGAUGCUUGUGACUUGGCAAACGAUGGUGAAAAUAUCCAGGAAAAGGGGAAGGAGGCUGGUCCCAGGCUGGAGCCAGAGCACACAGAUUCAAGUACACAGACCUACUCCACAGAAGAGCUACUUGAUGACUUUAUAAAAUCUGAGCAGGCUGCUAAAGUGAGUGAAACCAGCCAGCCUGAAGCUCAGACUCCACCUUCAGUAGAUGUAAAUGAAGCUCCAUCUAACAUAGUUGCAAGCACUGAAAAUAAUUCCAGUUCACCUACCUCAGAGAUAUCUACAGUCUCGCAGCCUGAUGCAAUAGAAAAUACCCGUGCUGAUAUCCCUGUAGUCAGCUCUAUUGAAGCUGAGCAGUCAGAACCUGACUGUGAUAUUGGUGGGACACUUGAGGCUGACCCUCAGAGUGAGCCUUCCUCUUUUGUCAGUCCACAAGAGAGCCUUGCAGGCCAACAUAUAGAGAAUGUGUCGUCUUCACAUGGCAAGGGAAAAAAGACAAAGUCUGAGUUUGAGUCAAAAGUUGAAGCAGCUGAAAAGGGGGCAGAUCAAAAAUCUGCUCUGAAUGCCUCUGAGAACUUAAAAAGGGAGAAAGACUAUAAGAAAACAGGAGAAAUUGACCCUACAUCUGUCAUAACUCCUAAGGACCCUGGAGACAUUCCGACAUUUGAUGAGUGGAAGAAGAAAGUCAUGGAGGUAGAGAAAGAAAAGAGUCAGUCAAUGCACCCUUCUGCUGCUGGUGGACAGCAUUCCACAAAGAAGGUCCAGAAAAAUAGAAAUAACUAUGCCUCUGUGGAGUGUGGUGCCAAAAUUCUGGCAGCCAACCCAGAGGCAAAGAGCACUUCAGCUAUUUUGAUGGAAAACAUGGACCUUUAUAUGUUAAAUCCAUGCAGCACAAAAAUCUGGUUUGUUAUUGAGCUUUGCGAGCCAGUCCAAGUGAAACAGCUUGACAUUGCAAAUCAUGAGUUAUUCUCUUCCACUCCUAAAGACUUUCUGGUGUCCAUUAGUGACAGGUAUCCAACAAACAAGUGGAUUAAACUGGGUACUUUCCACGCCAGAGAUGAGAGGAAUGUCCAAAGCUUUCCUCUGGAUGAACAGAUGUAUGCCAAAUAUGUUAAGAUGUUCAUCAAGUACAUAAAGGUGGAGCUGAUAUCACACUUUGGAUCAGAACAUUUUUGUCCCUUAAGUCUUAUAAGGGUAUUUGGUACCAGCAUGGUUGAGGAGUAUGAAGAAAUAGCUGAUUCUCAGUAUCAGUCUGAACGACAGGAACUCUUUGAUGAAGAUUACGAUUAUCCAUUGGAUUACAAUACAGGGGAAGAGAAAUCAUCAAAAAAUCUCCUUGGUUCCGCUACAAAUGCUAUCCUCAGCAUGGUGAAUAUUGCUGCUAAUAUGCUUGGAGCUAAAACUGAAGAAACGUCAGAAGCUGAAGGGAACAAAAGCAUAUCUGAAAAUGUCACUGUCACCACUCCUGCAAGUUCAACAGCUGCACCAAGACUGCCUGAACCAACUCCUGUUCCUUCACCAGAACUUACUACGACAGAUAUUCCACAGAUAGAUAAAGAGCAAUUACGUGUGGAUUUGACAAAAGAAAGUCCUAUUGUUCAGCUAGUACAGGAGUAUGAAGAAGAUGCAAGCCAGUCAACAGUAACCUUGCUGUCUAGUGAUGAUCAGGAAGAAGAAAAAUCGUCAUGGUUUGAACUUGAGACAGAUAUGUAUUGCUAUGACUUGGCUACAGUUUGUUGCAUUUCUACUUUUACCGAAUAUCUGUUUAAAUGGUGUUCAGUUACGGUAGCCAUCCAUCGGCAACAUAGUAAAACUGAAGGGAAACAAGAGCAAGAUGAGUCUACUCGUGCUCAGCCGCCACAGGUAGUUCUGCCUCAGUCUGUCCCUGUGUCAGUAGAUGAACCUCUGCCUGAGCAAUUAGACAGCAAAGUUGACAAAGUACCUGGCUCUACUGUGGCAGUUGAUUUUAGCAGUGUGGUCCAUGAGAUCAUCAGUAAUGAGUCUACAGCUACUAUUGAACUAGAACCAAGCCAUCCUCAAACUGUCUCUCAGUCUCUGCUCUUAGAAGUUACCUCAGAAGUUAAGCCUUUGCCAACAACAGAGAUGGUGCUGGAGCCUUCACAGGAAGACGCAGGCCAGGAAGUGCCAGGGAUCACUCCUCAAGCGGAUUCAGCUGAGAUCAGUGCAGUCACAGAGAGGGCUGAGAGCUCUGUUGCAGAAGAAGCUGUUGUAGUUUCUGAAACCAGUGUGAUCACUGAAGUAAAGGAGACGAGCACCAAGGAGACUACUGCUACUUCAGUGAUUUCAAAGCCUACUGAGACUGUUCUGCAGCCUGAAUAUACAGUGGGAAUCUUAGCCAGUGAUACUGGGGAAGGAAAGGAAAGCACUCCAGAAGUGCAGAAACCUGUUUUGUCUCCUGUUGAGUCUUCUGUAUCUGUUGAAACAAAAGAGGACGAUCAGGCAACCGAGGAAGCUUUUAUGUCAAUUCCUGUCUCUGGAGGUCCACAGAGAACAGCUACAGACUUCUAUGCUGAGCUGCAGAAUUCAACAGAUCUAGGCUAUGCUAAUGGAAAUCUUGUUCAUGGAUCUAAUCAAAAAGAGUCUGUCUUCAUGCGCCUUAAUAACCGCAUAAAAGCCCUGGAAGUAAAUAUGUCUCUCAGCAGCCGUUAUUUAGAAGAACUGAGCCAGAGGUACCGAAAGCAAAUGGAAGAAAUGCAGAAGGCUUUCAAUAAAACAAUAAUAAAACUUCAGAACACCUCGAGAAUAGCAGAAGAACAGGAUCAGCGGCAAACAGAAGCAAUCCAGCUGUUACAAGCACAGCUCACCAACAUGACGCAGCUAGUUUCCAAUCUGUCGUCAACCGUGGCGGAAUUAAAACGUGAGGUUUCUGAUCGACAAACCUACCUUGUGAUUUCUCUGGUUCUCUGUGUCAUUCUGGGCUUGGUGCUUUGCGUGCAGCGGUGCAGAAGCACAUCUCAGUUCUGUGAAGGUUACCUCUCAAAAAUUCCUAAAAGUAAUCACUACCCUAGCCCCAAAAGAUGUUUUUCCUCUUAUGACGAUAUGAAUUUGAAAAGAAGAACUUCUCUCCCACUGGUCAGAUCACAGUCUUUCCAGCUAUCUGGUAAAGAAGUGGAUCCCGAGGACCUGUACAUUGUAGAACCCCUGAAGUUCUCCCCAGAGAAGAAGAAAAAGCGUUGCAAAUACAAAAGUGAAAAGAUAGAGACUAUCAAGCCAACGGCAGAGCCUCCCCAUCCCAUAGCCAAUGGGGAGAUAAAAGGAAGGAAGCCGUUUACAAACCAGAGGGACUUCUCUAACAUUGGGGAAGUUUAUCACUCUUCGUAUAAAGGUCCUCCAUCUGAAGGAAGCUCAGAAACAUCAUCGCAAUCUGAGGAGUCCUAUUUCUGUGGCAUUUCAGCUUGUACGAGUCUGUGCAAUGGACAAACCCAAAAGACAAAAACUGAGAAGAGGGCUAUAAAACGAAGACGGUCUAAAGUUUCAGACCAAGGGAAGCUCAUAAAAACUCUAAUACAGACUAAGUCAGGGUCAAUGCCAAGCCUGCAUGACAUAAUCAAAGGAAACAAAGAUAUAACAGUGGGAACACUUGGUGUCACGGCAGUUUCUGGACACAUCUAAAACUAGCUGAACUUCUCAAACAGGAGAGUGUUUGUUCAUUUGAGAACAGUCUGUGGUAUUCUGUGGGAGGAUGGUGGGAGACGAAGAGCUCAACUAAUUGGAAAGUAUUCAGAAAUUUGGUUUCUGCCUUUUUAAAUAGAUGGGAUUGUGUCAAUCUUGGCUAUAAGCUGCAGCUUUACGAGGCUGAAAAUUUCCUAUGAGAACAGCAUGGGGGGAGGGAGGGCAGGGGGUUCAUUUUUUAAAGGUUUUUUUUCACAAUUCCUGGGGCAGAGAUUUUUUGAAACCCAGUUUGUUGGGUGGAAUAGGGACAAAAGCCUAAUCCUCUUCCUUCAGCUUUUUUCCUAUUUCUUGCACCUUCCCAUAUUUAUGUGCCUUUUGUCUAUUUAUAAUGCCACUGGAAGAGGGGAGAUACAAUUGUUUGUCAUUUGAUUUAUUUUGUAAUUUCUCUAGCUUUUUUUUUUUUUGAAGAUGCAACACUACAGUGCUGUAAAGGGACGUGUUGGCUUUCAGCUGGACUCAGUAAUGUGGACUGGAUACUGUAAAAAUACUAAUAGAUGGACUUGCCUGGCUGGAUUCUGGUUUUGCAAACUCCAUUGAGAAAAAUAUCUCACUGGGAAUCCAAAUCAGAUCCAAAUCAGAGCUGUAGACGGAUGUGCUGAACAAACGACAGUUGCUCUUUAAUAUUUCUUGUGAACAAUGGCAUCUUGUGACAACGAAUGCUUUUGUUAUCAAAAUCAACUGCUGUAGUUUUCCAAAAGAGCUGAAUGGAGGGCGCUCCAUUUGUUUCUGUGCUGAGAGCUGAGGAGGGGAAACUCAGCUGGAAGCACGAGGGUGCAUUGGGGCAGACGAGGCGGAGUGUUCCAAGGCAGCUCUGGGUGUGCUGCGUUUGCAAAGCCUUGAAGUCUGACCAGUCGGGUUGGUUCCAAGUGGAUAUUUCCGUAGCGUUUGCUUUUGUAUUGGCUAACAAAUGUGCAGUGUUUGUAUGGUUGAUAUUUUCGUACAAGAGUUUUUUUUUUAUUUUUGACUGUGACUGUAUAUUUGGAUACUAUAGGAUGUGUGAUUGGUAAAAAUGUGUGUAUCUGAGCGAGUGGAACAAAAGGUUAUUCCUUUUGGCAAAUGUUACAGGUUCACAUUGUAAAAAAAUAAGUUAACUUAUUGAGCACUUUUAGUGGUACCCUUUUUAACAGAUCUAAUGCCUUUCCUGGGUAUUGUAUGUCAUGUGACUUAUUUAAAGCCUUUGUUUUUGGUGUUUUGUUUUGGUUUUUUUUGCUGCUUUCUUGUUAGUUUAUGAAUACUUUAAGGUGAUGUACUUUUGGAUUUGAUCUGCACAAUUAGCCAGUCAGAGCACGUGAACCAGACUUGCUGAACGUGGAUUUAAGAGUUUUAAACCUGGAUGGGGAAAAUGCAUACCACCUGAGUGCAGCGUAUGUUGUUGUGGAACAAGAGUAUGUAACUACAGAUCUGUAGUGCCAUUAGAAACUGUGAAUUUCCAAAUAAAUCUGAACACUUUGUCUUUAA